UUUUUGUGCGAAAAUAAAACAUGGUUACGUGCAAAGUGGAUUCAACUGUUGCCGUACCAAAAUUUAAUAUUAAUAAAUUUGUUGCAUCGAAUAGUAGUAUUGGAAGUAGUAGUGCAGUUGGUUGUAUUGGUGGUGCUAAUACAAAUGUAAAUGGUGAUCGCGAACGCGAUCAUCGUCGUCCAUCAAGAAAACCAUCAUCGUCGAAUAGCAAUUCAUCGGGAUUUCGUUUAUUAGACGGUGAUCAAUUGGAAACAGCAUCAAGUGUUAGCAGAAAUUCAAUUUAUAAAUUAAAAAUCGAUCUAAUGUUUGACGAUACGAGAUCAAUUCGGAGCAACCGCUUGGAUGAUCCUCGCGGUUCGCAUCGUACACGUUCCAUCAUCAUGUAUGGCCGUAGUGAGUUGGCUAGCACUGCGGGUGAGAGUGCAAGAUCAAUUUUGAUGGAAGAGCCUAGUGAACCAGUGAAGACAGCCAUUACAGAAACCAUGAAAAAGGACGUUCGGAGAAUAAGUAAUAGCGUUCAGGCACAAAUUGAACGUAUGUUUACCGAUGUGGCUAAAGAUGCUACAUGUAGCUUUGCUGUCACGUGUCUUGGAUCGUUGCCACUUAAAGACAAAGUAACGAGUUUGCAAGGAUUGCAAGAACCUCUCAGGGAUUUAUAUUUGAGAUCGAUUGCUAAAGAUAAAUCAAACUCGGGUUACUUAGACAUUUGUGCAACAGGACUCCGAGUCAAGCCUGGCAGCAAUAACAACACCGAUUGCAACAUUACACCUUUUCACAACAUUGCAGUUUGGUCAGCAGUGAAAUUUGUCGUUUCGGAAAAGGAAGGGGGAGCAGCUUUUCUGCCUUUGAUCACCGAUCCGGAAAAUAUUGACAAAUCAACAUUAUUCCAACCUUUAUCUUCCUCUGAACAACGUAAAAUCGCCUCCAGUUUGCAUGCACCAAUUUUCGCAGUCGUAAUGCGAUCAUCUGGAGUCCCGAAAGUUCUCGAAUGCCAUGGUUUCGUUUGUAAGAGCACUGAAGAUGCAAUUGUCAUUGCUGCCACACUUUAUCAGAGUCUGAUGGCACAUGUUAGUGCGAGUAGCCAUCGCAGUACAAAACGAAGAACUCCGCGAAAUCAAAAUGGCGUCAGUUGUAUUAGCAUUGCCAGUAGUUCGGCACUGACAGGAUCGAACUAUCUGUCACGAUCGGCAGUCACAAGCAUCUCGGUGGGACGAAAGAAUUCGGUUCGAAGCUCGUAUCGUGGAGGACCAAUGGUGCCAUCGCGAACAGGACGAAAAAAACGCACUACCCCGGGAAACUCUUUGACUGGCAGCACAGAUAUUAUCAACGAGAGCAUCGAAACAACGACUGAGGAACGCAAGCGAAAGUCUCACAAAACCCGCCGAGCUCCACCGAUUCCCACAAACAUCAUUGUCCAGCAAAAAGAAAUCAUUAAUAGUCGAAUUACUCAAAAGGACAUAAUUCUAACCAAGCAUCGUGCUUUGUCAGAAAAUUCAGACCUCUGUGAUUCAUCAUAUUCUGGGGGUCCUAAAAAUUUCGUCUUGGAACGACGUAAUAAUAACAAACAUCAUUCAAACCAUACAAAUGACAGUAUCUAUCGACAAACAAAUCCAACACCAGGCGGUGGUGGAACUGUUGGUCGAGGUUUUGAAACAAACGGCGACAUCCUAACUCGAGUGGCAAUACCUAGAUCCGGUAGCUUCCUGAAUACGGGAGGGCUUACACGGUAUAAAUCUCGUGCUGCUCGCCGUCACUCUGGUGGUAAAAUUGGCGGAGGUGGUGGAUCACCUCUGGGAUUCAGUGAACUCUUUAACGAGUUUCGUUUGCAUGAGAAUCUACAUUCAUUGGAUGAUAUAUUGAAUGCCAUAAUCGAUGCGGAUGGGAUGUCGUUUAAUGACUUGAAGCCGAUUUACAAAGAAUUUCUUCUUAAAUUGGCUGUAACGUUGACAAAAGAUGAACUAUAUCAACGUUCGAAGAAUAUAAUGCGUAGGCAGAAGAAGAAAAAGCUAAAGAGACGAAAUAGUAAUGUAACUCCACAGAAAAAACCUAAAACUUUGUUUUUUGGUGCCAAAAGCCUCAAAAAGGUUUUUCAGUUCGGCCAGUUUCGCGCAUGCCGCGGAAAACCUCCAAAACCGCCUCGGAAUAAAGACAAUAUACAUCAUCAAUGCCAGUCUCCACCUCCGCCUUUAAUGACCAAAGGCAUGUCAGCCAAUUUACCCAAAUCAACUGCUGCCCACCUUCAGCAACAGCAACAACAAUUUUUACAAAAUCGUAGUCGUGUUGCAACAAGUGGUUCCGAUGUUUCGGUGCAACGUAACGAACACGCGUUUAAUGGCAUCAAUCGAAACAGUUCAAGUGGAUACGUAUCAUGUUCAGAAUGCAGCUAUGACUCUGAAGCAUGCACCUGCGUAUCAGCAGAUCGUUGCUACUGCAGUCUCGGCGCCGAUCACAAUCAAUUAAAUGAAAAACUACGAAAAAAAAACUCACAAACUAUCAACAGUAGCGGAACUUUCAUAAAAGCCCAUCGGGCCCAUUCAAAAAACUGCAACAUGAAACCAUCAUUGCCAACAUCACAAACUAUCCCAACGAUAAAUCGUCAAUCAUUGAUAUCAUGCAAGUCCGAAGACAAAUGCUAUUGUUCGAUGGUUGAGACGACAAAUGGCGAAGAGGACACCGCCCACUCAGACACAACAACUUGGUGUGACACUGACAGUUGUGUCAGUGCCAGCAAAUGCUACUGUCAACGUCCCCAUCAACGACGCAUCGAAAGUCCCCAUCGACGGCCAUCGAAACAAAGUUUGACAACUACGACAACAACAACGCCAACGCAGUUACGCAACAAGCCCUGCGAAAAACUCGCCUUAGACUAUGAACUAUUUACAAUCAAUGGCAAUGGCAAAUCAGUGCAACCGCAUGAGGCACUUAGCGUUAAGAAAAGCGUUGAAGCUGCCGCACUUUUUGCCGAUGUCAAACUUAGCCAAACCACCGAUAUUAAGAGUUUAUGUGGCAAUGGAGGUGGUAGUGGUUCGUCUAAUAAAACAUCGGUAGCCAGUUCGACUCGCCGACAAUCGAAGAGGCGUGAUCGAGACUCGAUCUCAAGCUCAACUGAUCGUCACAAACAACGAACACCCGGAUCGAUAUCUUCUUCGGGUGGAGGUGGUGUUGGUAAUGGCGGUGGUGGUGGAUUGGAAGGAUCAUCUUCACAAAAGUCCUAUUCUGCCGAUGAUCUUCUGACCAAAUUGAGUGCUAUCGAUAAGUGCGGCUCGAACGGUACCUAUAGCAUUAGUGAUAAAUUGAAAGAAAAUUCCUCAUUGGGUCAUUAUCAGUCGAUGAGAGCUGUAAGUGCCUCACUCGAAGACACUCUUGGUUAUUUACCAUGAUGUUGAUUUAUUGCUCUAGAAUUUUUUAUACAAGCAAGAAAAAAAGUAUCUAUAAGAAGUAGAAACGUGUAUCUGACAGAUACUAACAUCAGACAUGGAUAGAAAAUUUUCUCUCUUCGACUUAAGAAUGACAUUCCUU